AUGGAAAGAGCAUUAGGCAUCACAUUGUUGUGUUCAUGGCUGUUCUUUACAUGCAUUGCCCAGGCCCAAACUGGGCCUAUUGAUGUCACUCAACUUGGCGCAAAACCAGAUGGCAGUGCUGACAUGAGUCAGGUUUUGGCGGAUGCUUGGAAACAAGCAUGUAAUUCUACAACAGCAUCUACAAUUUUGAUUCCAAAGGGCACAUUUUUAUUGAAAGAUGCGAAGCUUGAAGGUCCUUGCAAAACUCCCGUUGAGAUUCAAAUACAAGGCACCAUCAAAGCACCUGAAGAUCCUGCACAAAUAAGCAAGGAUAAGGAAUGGAUGACAAUUAUAUACACUUUGAGCUUGAAUUUAGUCAACAAUGCUGUCGUCCGCGACCUAACUUCUUUGAACAGCAAACUAUUUCACGUAAAUCUUUUCGGAUGCAACAAUAUAACAUUCCAACACUUCACAAUCACAGCACCUGGGGACAGUCCCAACACUGAUGGUAUUCACAUUGGACAUUCCACUGGAGUAGUCAUCACAGAUUCAAACAUAAGAACCGGGGACGAUUGCAUCUCAAUUGGUGAUGGUGCCAAACAAGUUAAGAUAAGCAAAGUGACAUGUGGACCUGGCCAUGGAAUUAGUGUUGGAAGUCUUGGAAGGUAUGACAAUGAACUGCCUGUUGAGGGUAUCUUUGUUACCGACUGCACCAUCUCCGGUCCUUUAAAUGGUGUAAGAGUAAAGAGCUGGCCAGCUUCUAAAAGUGGUAGUGCCACCAAUAUGCACUUUGAAGGUAUUAUCAUGCAAAAUGUCAGCAAUCCAGUGAUCAUUGAUCAAGAAUAUUGCCCAAACAACCAAUGCACAAACACUGCCCCAUCAAGUGUUAAGAUUGCUCAAGUCAGCUUCAAGAACAUCACUGGCACUUUAGCAACACCAGCUGUUGUGACUCUUCUUUGCAGUAAGAGUAUCCCAUGCGAUGGUGUAGAGAUUGCUGACAUUGACUUGGCAUACAAUGGCAAUCAAGAAAAUGUGUCAAGCAAUUGUGCCAAUGUGAAGCCAGCUCUGAGUGGCAAGCUGAACCCUCCAAUCUGCGCCAAUACCACCAUUCCUGCUCAAGCUGCUUAA